GUUAAAUUUGCCUAUCACGCUAGGUGCUAAAAACAAGAUGCCGCGAGUCAACAAUCCUAAUGGGGUUUAUUUCCGUGCGGUGCAUUAUCGAUUUUUUAAAAAACAGCGCUAUCCAUCAAUUACGCCGAGCGUAAAAAGCAUUAAAUCAAGUGGCCAGUUUAGAGCUCCAAAUCGGACAUCAUGCAAAGAUGUGUAUGAUGGAAGCAUGUACCAGGUACACUUUCGUCCAGGGGGGCUUUUGCAGAAUCCUAACAACAUAUCUCUACUUUGGCACCUUGAUGGAGGAAGUGUUUUCAACUAACAGUGUUGAGAUUUGGCU